GUUGCAAAAACUUGAAGAAGAGGGUAGAAAAUGGAAUGGAGAAUUCAGUCCAUAUGCCAUGGAGUUGUAUAAUGAUUUCAAUAUCAUUGCACAAUGUUGUCAAGUUCAAUCUAAUGGAGACCAAGGAUAUGAGGUAGUUGAGGGUGAAGAUAGGCAUGUGGUGAAUCUUAAUAGGAAGAAGUGUACAUGUAGUACAUGGGACUUGACUGGUAUACCAUGCUCUCAUGCCAUUAAAGCAUAUCUUCAUGACAAACAAGAGCCACUAGAUCAAUUGAGUUGGUGGUAUUCCAAAGAAGCUUACAUGUCGAUAUACAUGCAUAAAAUACAACCUGUUAGAGGUGACAUGUUAUGGAAAGUUGAUCCUUCUCAUGCUAUGGAGCCACCAAAAAUACAUAAAUUGGUAGGCAGGCCAAAACUUAAGAGAAAGAGAGAAAAAGAUGAGGCAAGGAAAAGGGAAGGGGUGUGGUCUGCUUCAAGAAAAGGACUAAAAAUGAUGUGCGGACAUUGUAGUGCAACAGGUCACAACCAAAGAAGAUGUCCUAUGCUUCAAAGAUCAAAACAACCAGCCCAAGAUGUGCUUGUGUCAACAACCCAAGCCAUUCAAGAAGAAUCUGGUAUCACUCCAAAGCCAUUCAAGAAGAAUCUGGUAUCACUCCAGGCUUUGUUGCUUCUUCAAGUCAACAGAGUAGCCAACCUGAUGGUCCUUCAAAAUCAAAGGAAAUUGAAAAGAACCCUACUGGACCUUCAAAGUCAAAGAGAAAAAUAAUUGUUGAUGAAUUUGAGGAUGGGCAACAUGUUGAACCUUCAAGUGCAAUUGCUGAUGAGGAUGGAGAUGAGCAUGAAAGUGAAGACGAGCAGACUAUUCUAAAGCCAAAGACAAUUUCUGAAGCUAGGACUAGGCUUCAAGCUAAAAAGAUGCAGAUUCGACCAACUGGUACCAGAAGAAUUGACUUCAAAGGAGAUGAGAAUGGUGUGAUCAUUCCAACUAAUCUACCAUACUCCCCAAGAAAAUUGGCAUGGAAAGGAAAAGAAGCUACGACUUCAGAUUAUUUGACAUUUGAAAAGGAGAAAAGAAUUGGCAAAUUGAAGGCAAAGAGGGGUGGAAAGAAGUAGUUGCAUUAUGAAGUUGUUGUUUUUUUGUUUUCUGGGUUUUGUUAUGGCAUUGAUGAAACUUAAAUAUUUUGACUUUUUGAUGUUACUAUGUCUUGAACAAGUGUCUGUAACUUUUUGUAGGUUCAAAAUAUAUGACAAUGCCAUUAUCACUUA